GGUUUGACUUUCUCCCGGAGAUGGCUCCAGCUAGGCGGACCACUACUGCUGAGGGUCGGCAACUGAGCGCGGGCACAACAUGCGGUCAUGUCAGAUUCCGACGAUGACUCGGGUGCUCGGGAGGACCCGAACCUUUGGUGGGACCUUGAUAAUAGCGGGAUAGCGGACCUCCCCCCUCGUAUCCAAGACGAGGACCUUGUCGUUGCAUAUAGUUUGAUUGGCCAUGAUUGUUUGUUGGAAUCUCCGGGGGCUACCGACAUAUUGAGCAAUCCACCAACUCCCUACUUCGGGGUCCAUAUCCGCUCUCUGGAGUUAGGGAUGGUCGUGCCACUGCACCCCUUCCUGGUUCGGUUCCUUCACUUUUUGGGUGUGGCCCCGGGUCAAUUGGCUCCGGCGGCCCAUAUGUUCGUUGCCGCUUUUGUGGCACGGUGUGAGGAUGUGGGCCUCACACCCACGAUUGAUCUGUUUUUCAGCUCCUUCCAGUGGCGUGCUUCUAGAUUUUUCGCCUUACUCUCCCAGAGGCCGGUGAGCAAACUGUUUCGAUCGGGUUACCCCCGUUCAGGGAAAGGGUGGAAGAAGAGAUGGAUAUGGGUAUCCGACCCCAACCUCCCGUCACCUCUGCCUCAGUGGGGUGAACGGGUUCGGAAGUGUGACCGGGUCGCUCUCUCCCCUAGUCUCAAGUCCUCCAUCGAGAUAUGGUCCGCAGGCGGUCCCCACUCCAUCGGCUCAUAUUUAGUUGUGCCUGAGAAGCUCGUUGUUGAGGCGGAAUCCAAUGAAGAGGAGUAGCCUCAACAAGUCAUCGUUCCUGUGGCAGCAACGGCUGCAAAGGGGAAAAGGCACGGAGCCCCCCCUCCAAGAAGGGUGAGAGUUACCUUCGGGCCUCGGGCAACUACGUCAGUGCAGGAGAAGCACAAGGGCGGACUCGUCGAUCUGCUAGUCAAAUUGGAUGGGUCCGAUGAGGAGGAGGAGGAGGAGGAGCCCUGCCCCGCCAUUGCUGAUGUGGCCCCCAAGACGGUUGCGGGGAAAGAGCGUGGAGCCUCCUCCCCGGGGCGAGGGGAACGAGUCUCGAAGAAGGCCAAGGUCACCCCCCAUAUGGCCGAACGGAGCAGCCAUGACACCCAGCAUACAGUUACUUACGCCUUCCCAUCUUCGAGUGCCUCGAUUAUUCAUGAAGGCUUCCCGUUCGUGGAUUAUGCUUCAUCAAUCCUCCCACCAUGCGACCUCACAUGUACGACUUCCCAAGAGUUUCAUCCCCUCUUGGAGGGUUCUAUCCGGUCACAUAUCGAGGUAGGUUGAUCACGUUUUGGUGUGGAUUGUGUUUAUCCCUGAACCCCCUCACAUUUUCGUUUGUCUAUCUUGCAGGGGCUCGCCAAGACCAUCAGGGCACUUCACGCAGCCAAUCAUUCUCAGGACAGGCUUCAGCGUGAGGCUGACGAAGCUAGGGCUGCCCUGUGGGCCAGCCAGAAAGCCUUCUCCGAGCUGCAGUCCUCGCGUGCACAAGAAUGUGAAGAAGCGGCCAAACAAGGAGCCAAGAAAGCGCUCUCCGAGUUCCAGGCCUCCGAGCAGUUCCAGAAGCUCAUCUCUGCGAGGGUGCAAGCGGAAGAGUCUGAACUAGUGCAGAGGUGGCUGACGACCCCCGACGGAGAGUAUUGGCAUGCUCGCGAAGUUCUCUAUGCUUUUCAGAGUGGCAAGUAUUUGAUGCAGCAGAAGGUGUAUGGCCGGUUGAAGGAUCUCGACCCUGACUUUCAUCCAUCCACACUGGGCCUUCCUGGCCGCAUGAAGAAACCCGUGGAGGCGAUAGCCCUUCUUCCCCCAGAGGUCGUCCGUCAGGAGGAGGAGCUUGGUAGUUCUAACGAAUGGGCCUGGUUCUUUCCGCCAGCUCCGGGGAACAUGACUCCUGUGGCCCCUGGCCAGGACUUGGUUGGUGUGUUAGAUGACAUUCCCGAGGUUGAUGGUGAUGGGUCUGUCCAGCCGUGACCUUGUAUUUUGUAUUUCCUUUGUUU